CGUUUUUCGGUCGUCGAUCGAUUUCUGCACAUCAACUGCGACCUGUCACUGACUGCAGCCUUUUCUGCUUUGCAUCUGCAAUUCGAAGCUCCUCUGGCUGUAUUUUUUUGCCUGUGGAGCAAAGAGCUCAGGAAGAAGAAGCUGUCGCCUUAACCACACUAAGAGGUGUGGUAUGGUCCCACCUCUUUUGGUCCCGUGUGUUUGAUGACCAUUAACUUGGUCUCACGUUACCAACUGCAAGGGCAGCAUUAAGUCCGUCUGUUGGUCCGUCUGUACGUCUGUCUGCAUGGCUGAUAUCAAGCCUAGCCUGCCAAAGGCGGUAAGGUCAAAGGUGGGCAAAUGUCGCCGAAGAAGGGGGCGUAAGAAAAAGGUCACCAUGGCACCUGCAUCCAUCAAUGGCCCCAUCGCCGAGCUGGAGAAGGAGAUAGAAAGAGAGGACAUUGAUUGGUGCAAGGAGUGCAUGAAGCGAGAUGAGUGGAAUGCUGUUAGUUACAUGCAGAUCAGUGACGAGCUGGCUGUUCUUGUGUGCAACGAUGAGCAGUGUACAUCAUUACCAACACUGGCACCUGGCUCUCAUCUAGUUGUGGAACGAAGAGCUGCAGACAUCAUCCAGUGCAGGAAGCGUAAGAGACGAGCCACAAGUCUGCAAAAAUUUGAUGCUCCUAAUCCUCCAAACAAACACAACCUGUCACAGCCGCAAGCUCCUUUGUCUGCAACAGUCUCUCCACUCGCUCACAGAGGUAUUGUACAAUGGCAAAAUGAAAAUAGCAUGUGUUGGCUGGAUGUAUGCAUGCUCCUGCUGGUACAGUUCAGAAGUCUUCGGCAAUGUCAUCAAGCACUUGGCGCAACAUCCCCAUUGAGGACGCUAUGUGAUGGUUUUGAUUCGGCCCAGGAUAUGGCUAGGACUGUAAUUGAAGCAGCUGAGCAGAAUUUGUGUGAACAACCUAACAGCAAUAACUCAACAUCUGUUGAGCAACCCACAGAUACCUCUGAUGUAGAACUUUUAUCAGCAUACCUCGAGAGUGAUCUCCAUAGGGCAGGAGAGAAUGAUAAACUGGUUCGUUCAGAGCUCUCAGACAAUUUUCUUUAUUUCAUUGAAGGGAAACUACCAAACGGUAACAUGUGUGCCCAAUAUUCGACUGAUAAACUUUUAGAUCCUCUUCUUUCAGACAGAGCAACUCUGUCUCCCGAUGGCAUUGCAUUCAAACAAACUUCUCGCCUCCGGGAUACCAGUACUGGCAAACUUGCAACUUCUCUUAGGUUACUUAGAACCCUCCGGAACAAACUCUUUGAGAUACUGAAGCCCAAACUUGGAUGCAUAGAAAACAAAGAGGAAAGUCCCAUAUCUGCCCUUCCAACACUCCUGAGACUUGAUGGUGUCACAGAAGAGCACUUCACUUUGCGUUACAGGAAGGAAUUCUACUGCUUCUCUUGCGGAUUCACAAAUGUUACAGUACAUCGGAAUGUCAUUGCCUCUGUCACCUCAACUGCCAAAGACUUCAGUAUGCAGAAUCUCACCAUGUAUCACCCAUGCCCGCAGUGCAAAGCUCCAAAUCAGUCAAGUCGCCUCAUCUACCAUAGCCUGCCAACCUGCCCGCUGAUCCAUUUCAGCAAUGGACUUAGCAAUUCAACAGAGUUACCUUGGCUUCAACCCAACUUCCGACAUAAUGGACAACAGUACCACUUGAGCUGCAUCAUUCAGUACAUCCGUCAUCCGAACCACUUUGUCAUCUGGAUACGAGACCCCUCCAGAGAGCUAUGGAUCAAGUGUGAUGGCCUCUCCUCACCAGUGUGCCUGUGGGAGUCCCCUGAACUGUCAAUCCCUCCAUCUGAAAUCCAUCUGGUUGGUUGGGAGCGACAGAACAGUGAAUGCUAUUCCUGUGUUGACCUGCAGCAGCAGAUGAUUAGCAUACAGGAGGCAGCUCUAGAGAUGGACGAUGAUCACAUGUUUGAGAAUACCCAUGAUACAGAGAGCACUUCUUGCAACGCACCCCUGAGGAAAAGAAGCUGCCCUGCGGCCAUUGGACAAAGUGCAUCUCUGCUUGCUAUGUCUAACAGUACUUCUUCUGUAGAACAAGUGGCGAGGAGGAAGUCAGACUAUUCCUACUUGGUUCAUAAACGUAGCGAACCACUGCCACCUUCUAGCAUUCUAUCCAUCGGUACUCCGCCCCAAUCUCCCGAGUUUCAGUUGCCCCAAGCCAGUUCUUCACAGGAGUCAAAGGACAGUAUUUCUUCUGCUGCAUUGAAAACUGGCAGACCUGGAGGUCAAGUGUCAAAACAACAGACUUUGUCACUCAGAGAUCAACUUAAUAAUGAGAAGUGGGAGAGAGCAGCUGCAUCUCCAAAAUCUGAUGAUCAUGGACACACGAGCAAUCGAAGGAGUGUUGCCAGCUAUCUCCAGAGCAAAGCAAAGUACCAGAAGAAGCCACCUGAGAAAGUUCCUGGUGUGCUCACUGGACUUCUUGGGAAUUUCACAAAAUCGAUCACUCGGCAACGUCAAGAUUCCGUCAAAGAAUCAAGCAAACCACGGGCGAUUUACACUCCAGUUACCAACAAUUUCUCUGUGCUUCAAACCUUGCACUCCUUGAACAUCAACUCUUCGAUACCAAAGAAAGAUAUCAAAAGUGAAGACUUGGAAGGAAAGCCAGACAAGAAGCCAGGUAGUACAACCCAGCUCGUGACAGAAAAAGGAUCCGUGCUUCCCUCUGUUCUUAAAAGGGUUCAAAAGUUGAGGAUCCCUCGACAGAAAUUCAACUCAUUCAGUGCCUUUAAAGAACGGUCUGCCAGCAAGUUUUCAGGCUAUUUGAAGCAGAAAGAACCAGCUGCUGAUGAUGUCCAUAGCAAUUGCAACACUGAAGGUCAUGAAGGUAAUGUCAGUCAGAUCCAAGAGGAUGACUUUCAAUCUAGCAUCCUGCUAACUCCAUCGUCUUCUGUUUCAAGUCCUAGUGCAUGCUCUGAUGUAAGCCUUCAAAAUGAGAACCUUCCAGGGGGACCCUCGGACAAUCCUGAAACAGGGAGCCCGAACAAUCCAAUGAAUGCUCUAUGCCAGGCUCUGGAUGUUGUAUCUUGUGAUGUCACACAGGCUGUUGCCCCUCAGGUCACCAGUGAAGAUGAUGAUUGUUUCCUUCGAGAUCUGCUUAGAUGAUGUUGACAUGCUUUGAGUGGAUACUUAAUUUAGGAUCUGUCCAUACUUUUAUUGCUCUUGGGUUUUUCUGAUCAUUAGAUUUGGUUUAUCCAUAAUUUGUCAAUGUAAUAGAAAAUAAGUAAUUCAAGACAAGGUGACCAGAUUGUAGUUAUGUUGCCAAUUUCAAUAUGAAAUGCUGUUAAAAAAAUAUGUCCCCAUCUCAAUAUUGUAUGCCAUAGGUUUGGCGACCAUUGUUUAUUUAUUUUAUUUAAUCUCAUGAAAUUACGCAUCAUUAUGUAAGACCAAAUAAUGUUAAAAAAUGGUCUUUAAUGUCCAAAUCCAAUGCAAAAUCUGUUUUAGGCAAAAUUCAUAACUGAUCAUUAUUUGUACUUUCACUGAUUAAAAACUAAAUGAUUUCAUGUUUAUGAUCAUAAAAAUUUCACCAACAAUUUUUAUCAAAAGAACAUUGGAAGACAAAAAAUCAAAAACACCAUAAUUCACACAAAUUUAGAAAAAAGAAAAGAAAAGCAUUUAGAUUUUUUUGAAUAGCAAUUCAAGUUCUUUGUUUAUUGGCUUACCACAAAAUAAUUCAUAAAAUAAAACAUUGAUUUAGUGAAAUUUAGCUAUGCAGUCCCAUAGUUUAUGUCAUUUUCUAUCAUUGUGCAGAUUUCUGUCACGAUCAAGAUCUUAUUAAAGAUUGGAGUAUAAUGGCUACCCCCCCAUACUUUGUAAAUGUAUGAAUUUCAAAUCUACAUAAAUCAUGAAAUUAUUUUAAUUGGAUAUAAUUAAAAGAAUAAUUAGGAAUGAGGCAUUGUCUGUGUUAAGUUUUCUGAAUCUGUGUAUGCUUGUGAAUUUAUACGACUUACUGGAAAUUUUAUUGUGAAGAUUUUUGUCUCACCUGCAUAGCAGAGCGAGACUAUAUGCACCGCUGAUCCAAUGGCGGCGGUGUUGUCAACAUUGAAAUCUUAACCAAGGUUAAGUUUUUGAGAUGUCAUCAUAACUUAAAAAUGAUAUGGAGUUAUGGACAUAGUUCAUGAAACUUGGACAUAAGAGCAACCAUGUUUCCUGAACAUCCUGUGUGUGUCAGGUCACAUGACCAAGAUGAAAGGUCUUUUAAGGUCCAUGAACUUUGGCCAUGUUAGAGGUAUUUGUUGAAUUGGUGUCAUAACUUAGAAUGUUUAUGGUUCUAGUUCAUGAAACAUAGACAUAGGAUAAUCAAGUAUGAAUGAUUGUUUUGCACACGUUUUAGAUCACAUGAUUAUGGUCAAAGGCCAUUUUGGGUGACUGGACAUAGUAUUUGAUUAUCUUUUCUUUUGUGAAUAAUUAUUCAAUAGCUGUUUUCAAAGUCUGCACUGCUGCUGUAUCAACUCGCGUAAUGCAGGUGAGACUGCUAGAGGCAUUCCACUUGUUUAUCAAACCAAUUACUUCGCCGGAAACAUCUGAUAAAGAAAUGAAAGUCAUUUAAAUAAGGGAUGAUGUUCUACUAAUUUGGGCAGGGAUUUGUACACAUUUUUGUAGACUAGAUGGAUAUUAGUUUAAAUUCAGUUUUUCAGCAUGAUCUAGACUUUUGAAACCAUGUAGGAACUCAAUAGUGACAGUUGCCUCAUUCUCUUUGAUUGUACAAUUUUUAUUUACAUCUGUGCUCUGUCACACAAAGUAUAGCAAUUGAUCUUCAUACAAUCAAUCUGUGUAAUUGCUAAUUGAUUCACACAAUUAAUCAAUGAGCUUUGUGUAACAGUGAGUUGAUCAAUGUUUUCGGGUGUCAAUUAAUAAGCCAUUUUGUAACUAGCCACUAGAGAAAGUUUUCACAAAUUUUCUUUUUUUUUCGUAAGACAUAUACACAGUUAUCAAUAAAUCAUUCAUUUUUAACAAAUCUGCGAUAUCUAUCUCUUAAAGGAUCCACUGCAUGACCAAGAUAUGUCAAUAACUUAAAUUGUCCACUAAAACUAAUUGGCUUUCAUUUGACCCAUUACCAAAUUCCAAAUAUGGUUGAACACAAGCAUAUUUAAAUAAUAUAUGAA